AUGUCUAUCAUAUACUAUAUUAAUAUUGUAACGCCGCUCGGUAAGUUUAAUGAACCAACUGAACCGCCGGCCGCCGACUGGCUAGCUAAACUUGAUUCUUCAAUGAUACAUUCAUAUUAUUAUUAUUAUAACGCGUGGUUCCCGCCGCUACCGCUACAUGAAAACCGUUGGAUCGACGACGACGCCGCCGCUGCAGUAUUUCUCGUGGCUGGUGGGAGUUGUUCAACCACAAGUGACGUGGUCUAA